GGCCUCUCACAUGUCAUGGGUCAAUUUCGACAUGCGUUUCUAUCGACAUGUGUCUCUAUUGACAUGCGUUUCUAUCGACAUGUGUCUCUAUUGACAUGCGUUUCUAUCGACAUGUGUCUCUAUUGACAUGCGUUUCUAUCGACAUGUGUCUCUAUUGACAUGCGUUUCUAUCGACAUGUGUCUCUAUCGACAUGCAUCUCUAUCGACAUGCGUCUCUAUCGACAUGCGUCUCUAUCGACAUGCAUCUCUAUCGACAUGCGUCUCUAUCGACAUGCGUCUCUAUCGACAUGUGUCUCUAUCGACAUGCAUCUCUAUCGACAUGCGUCUCUAUGCUAUAAAUCAAAACCACCUGUUCCCUUCAAUCUCAAGUGCUGUAUUUACAUCUAUCAACCGCGCACGCCAUCGUAUCGUAACUGCGUGCUGGAUUACUUUGUACAGAUUGAGUCUGUUUCCCCGAUUCGGCAAUGUUGCCCGCGGAAAGCCACGGCAAGGCGAGGUUUGGUGCCUAUACAGUAGUCGAUGUGCGUCUUUGAUUGCGGUGCGAUGGCGCUACAGUGUGCAGUCUCUAGAUCAGUGUGCAGUCUCUAGAUCAGCGUGCAGUCUCUACAUCAGUGUGCAGUCUCUACAUCAGCGUGCAGUCUCUAGAUCAGCGUGCAGUCUCUAGAUCAGUGUGCAGUCUCUACAUCAGCGUGCAGUCUCUACAUCAGUAUGCAGUCUCUACAUCAGCGUGCAGUCUCUACAUCAGUAUGCAGUCUCUACAUUGGUGCUAUGCAGUUUCUACAUCAGUAUGCAGUCUCCACAUCUGUAUCCUACAGUUUCUCUGUGCGUCUUUGAUCGUGAGCGAUAGCGCUACAGUACGUGCUGUUCCGACAUACACAUCUCUACUUCCUGCGCGUCUUUGAUCAUAAGUGAUA